AUGGAGGAGAAGUCAAGCGAUGAAGAUAAAAGUGAUUCGGAGAUAUUAAAUGAAUGUCAAAGAGAGUUACAAGAAUUGGAGAACCGGAAAAACGGAAAACGUACGCGAGAGAGUGAAGACGGCAGUGAAGAUGGUUUUAUAACAGUCCAAAAGAAAAGUUCAAAACGUUUCAUUAGAAGUUGUUCUACGGAAAAUAUGUCAUAUAUGGAUUCUAAUGUAGUUGUAAACAGAAACAUAAAUAGUAAUUAUACAACAGAAAAAGAAAAAUAUGAAGUUUGUUUAUUUUCACAACAAAUUAUGCCGAAACAGAUGGCUUUUGCUAGAUUUUUGAGGAAUGAAUGUAUAGUUAACGAGAAUAAGAAGAAAGAGGAAACUGAAGUUAUCACAAUAAAUAGCAGCAAGAAUAAGAAUAAAAAUACAGUUAGAACAUACAGCAGCGUAGUAAAAAGUACAGUGGAAGUACAUUCAGUAAACAUUCAAGAUAAGGAAAAUAAUUUGAAUAGUGAUGUAACAAAAAAAUCUAAUCCUACAAAGAAAAAAAGAAAGAAAGUAAUUAAGGAUAAAAUACCAAACACACAGGAGGAAACAUCAAUGGAUUGUGAAGAUUCGAGCUCAGAGAACGAAGAUAGUAUAGAUAAGAUAACUGAGAAAGAUGAAGAUAAAGAGAAAAGCAGAAAGUUUAACAUCCGUGACUUGAUUUGGAAAUUAAAAGAAAUUUUUAUGUCAGAAGAUAAGUUUGAAGAUAAAAUCCUUAUGAAACACUAUGAUUUUUUUUUAAGUCAAAUUAUCCUCGCAGCUAAUAGGCGCAUUCCUUUACUAAGAUUAAAUACUGGUCCAACAAACAAAUUUAAACCAAGAGAAUUCUGGUGUUCAUCUUUAUCUAAAUUAGUGGCAGAACGAAGACUGGCUUUGGGGAAUUUUAGAAGAAAUCCAACUCCUGAUAAUCUCGAAAUAUUGGAGAGCAAAGUUACGGCGACAUGUGGAACAAGAUGCAAUGGUUUUAAAGGACUUCGGCAUACCCAGCUCUCGGUUCCAGAUGAUAAACAAAAAGAAUUACUUCGAUCUCUAACUCCAGACUCUGUGUCUAAUUGCGCCCCUACUUUAAUUUCAAAUAAUGAUCUUCUCGAGACUCCUUUUACCUUACAAGAAUUAGAAGUUGUU